GAGCCAAGGGAAAUUUAAUUAUCUAUUCUAAAAAGGUACAUUUCAUUUUUAGUGUUUUUUUUAAUUAUCUUGUUUUAGGGCCACGGCGGCACUAUGAGACUUUCUUUCGCAAAAGCGGCCCAUGUACACCCUUGGUAUUAUCAGCGGCCCAACAAGUGAUAUUAAGAAAAAUAGUGAACCCAAUCCAGCCCAGUUAAUUUCAGCUUGGAAUACCCGGUGGCUCCACAGAUUGAGCGGCGGCGGCCGGGCGAGCAGGCGACGGGCGGAGGCAGACAGAGGAAGGCGGACGGGGGGACUCGGGUGCGCGUCCGAGGAUCCGCCGGCGGCGCCUCAGCACCAGCGCUAUCUCUAGCGCCAGCUGGCCAACUGCCGGCACCUCCGGCGGGCGGCGGCUAGCAAUGGGGAAGCGGAAGCGACCUAAGAUGACUGAAUGCGUGCCGCUGACCGCCAUGGCGGCUUCCGGUUUCCUCAAGUUCAAGGUAGACUACGAGAAGAACAAGGACCUGCCCCCGGGAGAUGGCAUCCCCUCGGACAUAGUCUCCGCCGGCGGGCACAUCUGGAGGAUCGAGUGUUAUCCUCGUGGGAUAGGAUCCUCUGUGUUGGCGACCUCUUUUUUUUUUUUUACCGGAACUACGGCGCACCGAGGCCAGCCUACAAAUCGCACGGGUGUUGGCGACCUCUCAGUCUUCCUGAAGCACAUGGGCAAAUCCAGGGAGGUUCAGGGCAUCUUCAAGGCCUUCUUGUUGGACAAGAACGGCGUCCUGUCCACCACGGCCACAAGGAGGAUGGAUGUGUUCAGACUCGCGGCGUGCGGCAACUACGGAUGGUGUUCUUUCGUGACCCGGACAGUUUUGGAGAAAGAUUAUGUGGUAGCUGGACACAUCACUUUUGUGUGCGCCAUCUUGGUGGUAACUGAAAGACCUAUUCCUGUGCCGCCUUCGGACAUUGGCAUCCAUCUCGGCGGCAUGCUGGAUCGCAGCGAGGGGACUGAUGUGUCAUUCAACAUCGAUGGAGAGACAUUCCCCGCGCAUCGUGCGGUGCUGGGUGCUCGCUCGCUGGUCUUCAGAGCGGAGCUCUUCGGUUCCAUGGCCGAGGCCCAAAUGGCAUCCAUCAAGCUGCACGACAUCGCGGCUGCUACAUUUAAAAUUAUGCUUCGGUUCAUGUACACAGAUGCCUUGCCCGGAGAAGACGAGCUUGGGGACUCGCCAAUUGAGAUGCUUCAGGAUCUGCUUGCUGUGGCCGAUCGGUAUGCAUUGGACCGGCUGAAGCUGAUGUGUGCCCAAAAGUUAUGGGAUAAUCUGUCGGUCGAUACAGUUGCAACCACCCUAGUUUGUGCGGAAACAUGCAACUGUCCGGAGUUGAAGAAUAUGUGCUUUGACUUCUUUGCGCUGGAGAAAAAUUUCAAGGAGGCUGUUUUCACCGAUGGUUUUGCAUUGUUGCUGCAGAAAUUCCUAGGGAUUACUGCUGAGCUGAAAAUAAGGUUAAGACUAAGAGCAAAUUAUCAUGGUGAAAUCCAUCUACAUGUGUACAGUGCAGCUGUUCCCAGGAUGGUGGUCUAA